AUGCAUCGCAGCAGCCUACUCCUCCUGUUGAUAACCGCGCUGGUCGCCCUAGUAGGAGCCCGGCCAGCCUCGCAAUCAUUAACCCCCACGCCCCCGCAAGUAUAUGAGACAACCGACAAGAUACCGCUGCCCAAUGUCGGCAACUUGCAAGUGCACGACCCGAACGUGGUCUACUGGGAUGACCAUUACUACCUCUUCAAAGGCGGGUGGCAUAUUCCGUAUUACAAGGCCUCGAAUAUGAGCGGGCCCUGGACGCAAGUCGGUACAGUUUUCGAUGUUGAAAGUGUUAUCCACCAGGGUAAUCGGUCGCGGCCGUGGGCGCCUACGACGAUCGAGCGCAAUGGGACGUUUUAUUGCUUCUACACGCUGAGCACGCACGGCUCGCGCAACAGCGCUAUCGGCGUCGCCACAAGUUCCAAACUCGACGGGUCGCCUUGGACCGAUCACGGCGCGCUGAUUCGCACGGGGCAAGGCAAUGGCUCGGACGUGUGGCCCUUCACGAUAAGCAAUGCGAUCGAUGCCUCGUUCAUUCGCGACAAUGCCACCGGCAAGGCAUACCUCAACUAUGGCAGUUACUGGCAGGACAUCUGGCAAGUACCACUGUCAGAUGACUGGUUAUCGAUCGAGACUCCUGCGAAACCCGACGCGGUGCAAUUGAGCUUUAUUCCGCACGAGACGUUCCGUCCCGAGGAGGGUUCGUGGAUGAGUUACCACGAUGGGUAUUACUACGUGUGGUUCAGCCAUGGCAAGUGCUGCAGCUUUGAUGUGCGGGGGUUCCCAGCGCGCGGCGACGAGUAUAAUAUUCGCGUUGGUCGGUCGCGGGCCGUGCGAGGUCCGUUUGUGGAUCGCGAUGGAAAGUUACUGCUCGAUGGAGGUGGGACAAUCGUUUAUGCCUCCAACCACGGGGCGGUCUAUGCCCCUGGCGGGCUUGGCGUGAUGCCCGGGAAUUCGUCCACGCCGGAUAUACUUUAUUAUCAUUAUCUGAACACUUCGAUCGGCUUUGCGGACGAGCAAGCGCAACUGGGCUACAAUUAUUUGAAAUAUGAUAAUGGGUGGCCUGUGGUCUUGGACGGGAUCGAUAUUAAGAGCAGCGCUGCGAUCAUCUCCCGCUCGCCUGGUUGGUGGUCUCUAAUGAUUCUGUCCGUUGCUUAG